UACUGUGUUUUACUCUGGAGUGGGGAGCGAAACCCUAAAGCUUAAACCCCAGCAGGUCGCUGCUGCGCUUUAGCUCGCUCAUCGCCAUGGCCUCCAAGUUCGGCCUUGCCGGCGGGAUACCGGAGCGGCGAGUCCGGCCGAUAUGGGACGCCAUCGAUUCUCGUCAGUUCAAGACUGCUCUCAAGCUCGUCUCUUCGCUCCUCGGGAAGUUCCCCAAUUCUCCUUACGUCCUCUCUCUUAAAGCUCUCGUUCUGGAGAGGAUGGGAAAGCCGGAAGAAGCCUUGUCUGUUUGCUUGAGUGCGAAAGAGCUGCUACAUUCCAAUGACUCCGCGUUGAUGGAUGAUCUCACUCUCAGUACUUUACAAAUUGUCUUCCAGCGGCUCGGUCACUCGGAGCUGGCUACUAGCUGUUAUGAACAUGCCGCUGCGAAAUUCCCAACUAAUUUAGACCUUAUGAUGGGGCUUUUCAACUGCUAUGUUCGCGAAAGCUCAUUUGUGAAGCAACAACAGACAGCUAUCAAAAUGUACAAAAUAGCCAGUGAAGAACGAUUCUUGCUCUGGGCUGUUUGUAGCGUCCAACUGCAGGUUCUUUGUGGCAAUGGCGGAGAGAAGCUGUUGCUGUUAGCAGAGGGCUUGCUUAAGAAGCAUGUUGCUACCCAUAGCUUGCAUGAACCAGAAGCUCUUAUGGUCUACAUCUCUUUGUUGGAACAGCAAGAUAAGUAUAGUCAUGCUCUUGAAAUCCUGUCAGGAAAUUUGGGAUCACUUCUGAUGGUUGAAGUUGAUAAGCUACGUAUACAGGGGAGACUUCUUGCUCGGACAGGUGACUAUAAAGCUGCGGCCGAUGUGUAUGAGAAGAUCUUAGAGUCAUGCCCUGAUGACUGGGAAUGUCUGCAACAUUAUCUAGAUUGUUUGCUGGAGGAUGACCCGACCCAGGGCAAUGAACCAAUUGAAAAUAGGAUCGAUGCUAUUAAAUUUGCAGACUGCAGAUCAAUUCCCUUGACAGAUGAAGUGUUUGAUUCUCGUAUAACAAGAGCAUCAACUUUUGUGCAUAAGUUGCAAGAGAACCUUGGAAAUGAUAUUGUAAGAUGUCCAUACCUUGGCAAUCUGGAGAUUGAAAGAAGAAAGCACUUAUAUGGCAAAGGAGAUGAGCAAAAGUUAAUGGAGGAUCUGAUGCAAUAUUUUUUAAGGUUUGGCCACUUAGCAUGCUUCACUUCUGAUGUCGAGGUGUUUGUUCAAGUCUUAUCAUCAGAUAGAAAGAUGGAGCUGUUUAAGAAAUUGAUCGAAAGCUCUUCAACCAUUUCUCAAGUGCCAGCGAAAGCAUUGGGGUUGUCAAUUACCGUAUUUAAGUUUCAACAAUUAGUGGGAAACAUAUACGGGCUCACUGUGGGUGGACUCGAGGAUCUUGCAGUAAAGAUGGUAGAGAUGUUCUGUAAGAAUCUUCCUCUUUCAAAGGACUUGGAUCCACAAGAGAGCAUGCAUGGCGAAGAGCUUUUAUCAAUGGCGUGUAAUGUGUUAAUUCAGUUAUUCUGGCGUACACAAUAUUUUGGCUUCAUCCUGGAGGCAAUUAUGGUUUUAGAGUUUGGAUUAACCAUCCGAAGGCAUGUCUCGCAGUACAAGAUCUUAUUAGUGCACUUGUAUUCUCACUUGGGUGCCAUUUCAUUGGCAUAUGACUGGUACAAGUCUUUGGAAGUUAAGAACAUCUUGCUGGAAACUGUUUCCCACAACAUUCUUCCCCAGAUGUUGGGUUCCCUUCUUUGGAUGGAUCUUAAUACUCUAUUGAGGGACUAUCUCAAGUUUAUGGAUGAUCAUUUUAAAGAAUCGGCAGAUUUAACAUUUCUUGCAUAUCGCCACAGAAAUUACUCAAAAGCGAUUGAAUUUGUGCAGUUCAAGGAAAGGUUGCAAAACUCCAAUCAGUACUUACUUGCCAGGAUUGAAUCAGCAAUUUUGGAGUUAAAGCAAAAUGCUGGUAACAUUGAUGAAGAGGAGUGUAUUCUUGAGAAUUUAAAAUAUGGGGUGCAUUUUGUUGAGCUCUCAAAUGAGAUUGGAUUGAAGUCUUUGACCUUUAAUGAAGAUUUAGAGUCUCGGCCUUGGUGGACGCCAACACCUGAGGAAAAUUAUCUUUUAGGUCAGUCAGUUGAGGAGAUUUCCCAUUUUCCCAAAGACAACUUGAGGAAGAAACGGGAAGCCAACACACGGACACUGAUUGAGAAGAAAGCCCUUCUUCCGCGGAUGAUUUAUCUCUCUAUCCAGAGUGCUUCAGUAUCCUUCAAGGAUGGUGUUGAAGUGAAUGGGUCUGGAUCAAAUCCUAAUGUCUCAUCAGAGAUGAAGCUCCUGCUUGAACACUAUGCAAAGAUUUUGGGUUAUCAUUUAUCUGAUGCAUUGGGAGUGCUUGGGGAAGUGUGUAGAGGUUUAAAAUCAACUGAGGUAUUUGGUGUGGACAUGAUCGACUGGGUGAAUUUUGCUGUUUUCUCUAAUGCUUGGAAGUUGAAUUCUAAUGAAUUUGACUCGCAAGAGAAAGAGGCUCAUAAGUUUGGUAGUUGGCAUGGUGUUGACACACUACUCAAGAAGUGUAUACUAGAGCGGCUUAAGUUCCUGAGUACCCCGAUAUCUCUUCACAUUACUGAUUUUCAAAUGUUAGUUCGGCUGAUUACAGAGCCAUUGUCUUGGCAUGUUCUUCUAAUUCAGUCUUGUGUCCGAACUUCUGUUCCAUCUGGAAAGAAGAAAAAGAAGAGCGGAUCUGUGGAUCUAUCAGUCUUGACCCUAUCCAGUGCAGUUCAAGAUUCAAUCCAAUCUCUAUGUGGUACAUUUGAAGAGAUUAUGAAAUGGUUGAGAAAUCAGAUUAGGAGGUUGGAGUAUAAGGAAGAGAAUCUGGAAGGCAUUUUGCUGUCCAUGGGGAAUGAAGUGCAAAAGGGAAGGCCCGGGGGAGUUUUCCAGAUUUUAGAGACUAUGUGCUCUUCAGGCAGUAAAGAACUUGGUGAUAGAAUCUCUGGAGCAUUGAAAUCUUGGGAUUCUAAUCAUCUGGUUAGGAAAAUAGUAAGUGGUCAGCAUGCAGUUCUUUCUGAAACUCUUUCUGUUUGUGAAUCAAAAUGUAGAACGUUGAAAGCACUAAAGCAGCAGAUUUUACAAAUCUGAACAGUCUCUGUAGUGCCAUUUGUGAGACUUGAAAUGUGUUCAGCGGGAUUCCAUUCACUUCCACAUGGAUGAGAGAUUUUCUAUCUUAGCAGAGACUUGGUUGUCAAGGGCUGCAAGGGACAUUAUCUCUGAUUAUGCCUUGGGGUCUCCCAUGAUGUCAAGAUAUCACUGCAGUCGGUGAUGACAUAGCCUUUUGAGCAGUCUCGGGGUGGUUUGAGAGUUUGCUGGAUUAUGUAAUUCUAGAUGAACUUGAAAUUGCUCUGAUGCCUUCUUCUUUUCAAAAGAUUUUCACAGGCAGAUCAUCUUUCAAUUCUUUCAAUAUUAUUCGGGCGACGUUUCAUCCUUUUUCGUUGUUAAGUUGUGUAAAUAUUCUUUUUGGAAUAAAUGCACAUCAUUUCAUCAAUUUAAUCGAA